AUGACGAGUGGCAGCGGUGUCUGCUGUCUGUCUGUGUCUGGCCUGGUGCGCGUCUGGUUUGGGGCCGGAGAAAUCUGCCGCCCCACGAGUGACGAGUGCUUGGGCCAACCGCAGCGCUGGACAGCGGACUUUCGGGCUAGCAGACAAGGGGAGGAGGAGGAGGAGGAGGAGAAAAAACUUUGCAAGUCGAAGAAUGGGAGGCAAGAGGAGGAGCAGGCAUCAGCUGUCGUGGGCACCAAAGUGGAAAGUGCGCCCUCGUACAUACAGGACCGCGCAGAGUGCAGCAGCCAAGUCGUCUGGGGUUGGUUUUGGGGCCCUGUCGAGGAGCCGUCUCGAGACGUUCGAUACCUACCGGGACCACAGCGCAGCACCCGCACGGCCCAGUACGGUUACAGUACGGUUACAUUACUGUACAUAGUACAGCACAGCAGAGGUGGAGGGGGAUGCGGCUUCAUGGAUGUUCUCGCACAGCGGUGGAGAUCGGCAGAAGCUCGACGGCCCAGCGUUCUAGAAGCCCGCGUCUUGCAGGCUGGUCAGCUGGGCAGGUAUCAAGUCGGUGCUUGUACCGCUACCUGCGCAGGUACCGCCUCCGACGAAUGGCUGUGGCACGCCUGGGAUUCGCUACCGACUUUCUGGAUUUGGAGAGCGCAGCCACGCCUCUCGAUGGCUUGGAUGGUUCAGUCAUGGCCGCGAUGCGAGAAUAGUUGGCUUUCCUGA